AUGCAAGCGUCCGUGUCGGUGCCGCUGGAGCCCGGGCCGGAGCGAGGGGCGCCUUGGGGCCGGGACCUGUACACAUUUGUGACAUCGGCGGCGGGUCACAUGAUGAGGACUCUCCAGAAGCCCCGCAAGAACCGUCCGUCCAAGCGGCAGGUCAACCACCGUCACUUCCUGCACAACAUGAUACAGAGGAAGUUUGCUGACAUUGAGGCAGCUAAUCGUCAACUGGCAUCCGCUCUCUACUUGAAGGAGGUGGAGUCAUUGACACCUGAGCAGUCAUGUGACCAUUCAGAUAAAACCAAAGACCAAAGUGUCACACAGGAAGUUGAAAAAGGGACACAGAAAAAACACGACACGGCUGAAGCGAUUGUCCAUUUGGAUGACUCUGAAGAGGCCACACCCAUCUCUCCCUUCUUCACGCCACUUCUAUCGCCGUUGUCCUUUGACGCUACGGAUAUGUUUGUCGACAGCCCCGGCGACGCAAACAACUUGGUCGACAUAACCGAGAGUGACUUGGAAGACAUUUUGGAUCUGUUCUCGUCAGACGACGAAGCCGCUCGCCACACGGGUCGCUUCCAUGAAACCAAGGAUGGGGAUCAUGGAUGCAGUUGCCACGGCGACGACGGACCAAUCAUAAGCCAUCUCCACACAAAUGAGGACUUUGUCAACUCUGAACCACUUCCUGUGCUGUCAAGCUGCCAACACAAGAUGUCAUUGGGGGGCGUGGCUCAGUCUUUUUGUGCCCCGCCUCUGGAAGCCUCACUAUGCCACAUCGUGACGCCGCCUCACGAAGACCAACUGAUGUUCACCGACAUCCUCAUGGAUAGCGAAUUACCGGAAUGUGCAUCUUUUAACACGCUUUGUAACCAAGAUGUUUACGCUCAAUACAAAGUCUUGUAA